AUGAUUUGCGUGUAUUACAAGACUGAUGGCUACAAGCAGGAAACGGAAGGAACUGCUUUUGCAUCUUUUGCGCCAACUCAAUAUCUAUCUAUCUAUCUAUCUAUCUAUGUUAGUCUGUUCAUAUCUAUCUAUCUAUCUAUCUGUCUGUUCAUAUCUAUCUGUCUUUAUAUCUAUCUAUCUAUCUCUCUGAGAGUCUGUUCAUAUCUAUCUAUCUAUCUAUCUAUCUAUCUAUCUAUCUAUCUAUCUAUCUAUCUAUCUAUCUUUGAGUGUCUGUUCAUAUCUACCUAUCUAUCUUUGAGUGUCUGUUCAUAUCUAUCUAUCUAUCUGAGAGAUGUACGCCCACGGCAAGGUCAUUCUUUGCAUGUUUCUCCCAGCUUAAUUCGUCCAAAAGAUACCAUGCAUUCUUCUUUAUCCGAGGUGAUCAUAAUCUUCUUAGACACUUACCUACUGCCUAAGUAG